GUGUACGUGAAACGCAUCCUGAUGUGUGUUGGUCUGUAAUAACAGGAGCGCCCCGGCGUCGCCCAAUCACUCGGGCGUUCUCUCCGCACACUCCAGCGCUGCGCAGACCCCCGACAGCUUAUCACGGGAAGGCUCACCUGUUCCCAUGGAGCCAGAGCCCGCCUCUGCCCCGCCCCCUGCUCCUGCCGCGGCUGUCCAACCCAAACUAGCCGUGAUUCAAGAGGCCCGUUUUACCCAGAACACCACAGCGUCUCCCAUCACCACCCAGCCGGUUCUGAUCGCGGUCCAGCGCUCUUUAACGCAGACAAUCAAACCCGGCACGUACGCUGUGGCCGCCCCCGUCACAUCCUCCACGUCUGCUCAGCCGCUGAUGCAGACGGUGCACGUGGUGCAUCAGAUCCCUGCAGUGGCCGUCAGUACCGUUGGCAGAGCCAGCCUGCAGCCCGCCAUCAAAGCAGAAACGCUGGAGAAUGGAGAGGAGGUCAAAGUGAAGGUAGAGUCGGUCCCCGGCAUCAAUCACGGCUCUAUAGGCUCAGCCAAUAGGAUCAUUCAAAGCAGCACUGCAGCCACGCCCCUCCAGACGGUUACCAUAGUGCAACAAGCCCCAUUGGGCCAUCACCAACUGCCAAUCAAAACCAUCACCCAGAAUGGCACUCAUGUAGUGCCCAUCGCCACGGCGAUACAGAGCCAGGCUAACGCAGGUAUUCAUACACACAUCUGAUAUCACAUGAAACAUUAAUCAUGUCAUGCCAAAAAA